AUGGAGCGGCGAUUGAAGAUCGGCCCCAGGGACACCACGCCCAUCCUGCUCGCGAAGAAGCGGCGUGUCCGCAACAAGUUGGAGCAAGCCUUGCAAGGAUGCACCUCGGAGUUUGGCGAGGAGGUCCAAGCGGUGGCGCAAUGCGCAUCCGAACUGCAACAGGAGGAGCUCUCCUUUGACACAGGCUUGCAACCUGCACUUGAAUUCAUGGGCUGCAUGGGCCAGAUGCCUGGUGCCGUUUUCACCCAACUCCGCGGCGAGAUGUCCCACCUUCUGGCACAAGACUUGAAGAGUGGAGCCCGCCCAGCAGCCGAGAAGGUUCUGAGCGACAUGCAGCUUCACGCAUCUUCCGCAAAGGUCGCUGAGUUCCUUCUCGCCACUUUGCACCGGCUCUCUGAGCUCCCGGGCGGUGGCUGGUUGACCGCCUCCUCUGAGAGUGUGAUCCUGCUCCAGCGGCUGGAGAAGCAGGCGGGGUGUGCUGGCAUCCAUGUCCCAGUCCUUCAAAGAGUUGGGGCAGGGUCUGCCGCUCGCCUUGCAGCAGCGCGUGUGGGAGGCAGAUCCGCGGCUCUUCUGGCCAAAGAUUUUGCCCGUGGUGGCGACCUGCGUGCAACGCCUCCGCAGGCAAAUGCAGCCAGACUCGAGCAUGCGGCUGGCGAUGGAGGAGGCCAAGGAAUUGUUCGAUGUGACGGGUCGACGGCCGAUCUUGAUGCAGAACUUGUGGAGAUACCUGAGCCAGCUCUACAAGGAGGCUGCCGCGGAUGGAGCCUUGCGAGCAGCACAGGAAGGAAAGUCUGCUUCAGACUGCCCUGGGCCGCCCGUCUCUCAUGGGGCCGAGCCGCUGCUGAGCACAGUGCGCCGGAGCUGCCUGCUGGCUGCGGUGGACCAGGGCCUUCUGAAGCACAGCGUGGUUGGCCGAUGGGAUGUGAGCGCAGAGACCGGUGGCAAGCAUGUCAGCUACAGGCUCAUGCUAGUUGGUGGCUACGGCGGACGGCUGCAGGGCAAAUCGGAGAGCUGGAGGGUAUCCAUGCAGUGGAAGCGCAGGUGGAGGGAUCCCGGCUGGUCCUGCGGCAGCUGGCCGGCGACGGCAUGGUCUACAAGUGCCACUGCGAUGUCUCAGCCGAUCAGAUGGUCCUGAUGAACGGCCAGUGGGAAUGCUGUAAGUUGAAGGGUUCUGCGGAGGAGAUCAUCGAAGAUGUGAACUCCAUCAAGGGCACCUUCACGGCAAAGCGCCUGGGCGUCGCGCCUUUGGUGGACAGCAGCUUCCGUGAAUGGGAUGACAUGACUCAGUUGCUGGUGGAGACGGGGAAGCUGCAGAAGAACGAAGCCGCAGACGGGAAGGCUUUGAGGCACUGGCACGCGGCGCUGAAGGACCUUCGGACACGGAAGGCGCAUGCAGAAUUGGAGGCUGACCUGUCCUGGCUCUUGGCCGAUCCUUUCGGAGUCCAAGACACGGUGGGCAGCUUGCUGAAGCUGAGUACCUGCCCGGAAGGAGCGCGAGAGCCUGACUGA